AUGGCCGACGACGACAAAACCAAACCCCCCAAACUUUCAGAUGAUCAUAAGCCGAGGGUAAGCAAAAAUGUUACCGUCGCUGUGAAGCUCAAUGGAACGAAUUAUUCGUUGUGGUCCAGAUUAAUGAAGAUCCAGAUUGGGAGUAGGAGAGUACUCCGACACAUCAAUGGCAACCCGCCACCACCCGAACCAGGGGCGGCCGAUUACACGGAGUGGGAGGAGACAGACUCGAUUGUCUUCUCUUGGAUAUUAGACAACAUCGAGACGGACAUCGUCAUCGACUUCGCACACCAUCAAACGGCCGAGGCUCUGUGGAAGAGCCUAGCCGUGACGUUCGAGAGCACAUCCGAUCCAUUUUUGCUUUUCGAUCUGGAAGAGAAAGCAGAGAACGUUAAGCAAGGAGAACAAGACCUCGAAACCUAUUGGCGUCACUUACAUGGAACGUGGAUUGAUGUAGAUCGAUGCCAAGAACAACCAGUCACGUGUUGUGACAACGGGGUAGGGCAGUUUCGAAAGUACAUUGAAACGCGACGAUUGUUCAAGUUUUUAACAGGCCUGAAUCCGAGAUACGAUCAAAUAAAACGAGAAAUGCUUAAGGACAAACCGUGGCCCUCAGCCGAGGUAGCGUACGGAUGGAUUAAGAGGGAGACCGCCCGACUCAGAAUUAUGCCGGCAAUCACCACCGAAUCCACCGUCGCAACCAACGAUACAACAUCAUCGGGCGGAAUCGGGCUCGGCUUCGCGGCCCGCAACCAGCAGAGGGGAGGACAGCCGCCGCUGCAUCGACCCGGCACAUCGACAACCCCAAAUCGGUGA